GCAGAGAGAUGACUCUCCUCGAGCUGGACCUGGACCUGGACCUGGACCCAGCUGUGUGUCCCUGAAGAGUGACCGGUCUAUGGGAACCCCGAUGACAUUUAAAGAUGGAGUUCAGUCUGUUGAACUAAGAGUUCAGCAACAGAGAUCCCAAGUGAUCCCAGGAGACCUGGACCCCAUAUUUAAGCUGCUUGAGAAGAACAUUGUCAGCUUUAUGAAGAGCGAGCUGAAGAAGAUGCAAAAGGCCCUAAAUCCAGAUUAUCCAGAAGGCCCUGCGGGUCAGAAGGAAGAUGAGGAGGUGAUGGACGGUGAGGAUGAAGAGCAGAUGAGGAGCAGCAGGGAAGCAUUUCUGAAAAUCACACAAAACUUCUUGAGGAGAAUGGAGCAGGAGGAGCUGGCUGACUGUCUGCAGAGCAAAACUGGUGUGACUGCAGCCCAACAUGAACUCAAGUCUAACCUGAAGAAGAAGUUCCAGUGUGUGUUUGAGGGGAUCCCUAAAGCAGGAAACCAAACCCUCCUGAACCAGAUCUACACAGAGCUCUACAUCACAGAGGGAGGGACUGCAGAGGUCAAUGAGGACCAUGAGGUCAGACAGAUUGAAACAGCAUCCAGGAAACCACACAGACCAGAAACACCCAUCAGACAAGAAGACCUCUUCAAAGCCUCGCCAGGAAGAGAGGAGCCAAUCAGAACAGUGAUGACGAAGGGAGUGGCUGGCGUUGGGAAAACAGUCCUAACACAGAAGUUCACUCUGGACUGGGCUGAAGACAAAGCCAACCAGGACAUCCACUUCCUGUUUCCAUUCACGUUCAGAGAGCUGAAUGUGCUGAAAGAGAAGAAGUUCAGCUUGGUGCAACUUAUCCAUCACUUCUUCACUGAAACCAAAGAAGCAGGAAUCUGCAGGUUUGAAGAGUUCCAGGUUGUGUUCAUCUUUGACGGUCUGGAUGAGUGUCGACUUCCUCUGGACUUCCUCAACAAUGAGGUCCUGACUGAUGUCACAGAGUCCACCUCAGUGCAUGUGCUGCUGACAAACCUCUUCAGGGGGAAACUGCUUCCUGCUCGCCUCUGGAUAACCACAAGACCUGCAGCAGCCAAUCAGAUCCCUCCUGACUGUGUUGGCUUGGUGACAGAGGUCAGAGGGUUCACUGACCCCCAGAAGGAGGACUACUUCAGGAAGAGGUUCAGGGAUGAGGAGCAGGCCAGCAGGAUCAUCUCCCACAUCAAGACCUCCCGAAGCCUCCACAUCAUGUGCCACAUCCCAGUCUUCUGCUGGAUCACUGCUACAGUUCUGGAGGACGUGUUGAAGACCACAGAGGGAGGAAAGCUGCCCAAUACCAUGACUGAGAUGUACAUCCACUUCCUGGUGGUUCAGUCCAAAGUGAAGAAGGUCAAGUUUGAUGGAGGAGCUGCAACGGAUCCACACUGGAGUCCAGAGAGCAGGAAGAUGACUGAGUCUCUGGGAAGACUGGCUUUUGAUCAGCUGCAGAAAGGGAACCUGAUCUUCUAUGAAUGCGACCUGACCGAGUGUGGCAUCGAUAUCAGAGCAGCCUCAGUGUACUCAGGAGUGUUCACACAGAUCUUUAGAGAGGAGAGAGGACUGUACCAGGACCAGGUGUUCUGCUUCGUCCAUCUGAGUGUUCAGGAGUUUCUGGCUGCUCUUCAUGUCCAUCUGACCUUCAGCAACUCUGGUGUCAACCUGAUGGCAGACAAACAACCAGAAGCUGAAGGCCUUGGUUGGCUUAAAGUAUUGAGAGCAGAACCUAAACUCAAACAUCUCUACCUGAGUGCUGUGGACAAGGCCUUACAGAGUCCAAAUGGACACCUGGACUUGUUCCUCCGCUUCCUCCUGGGUCUUUCCCUGGAGACCAAUCAGAGUCUUCUGCAAGGUCUGCUGACACAGACAGGAAUUAGCUCACAGGCCAAUCAGGAAACAGUCCAGUACAUCAAGAAGAAGAUCAGUGAGGAUGGUUCUCCAGAGAAAAGCAUCAAUCUGUUCCACUGUCUGAGUGAACUGAACGAUGGUUCUCUGGUGGAGGAGAUCCAACAGGCCCUGAGAUCAGGACGUCUCUCCACAGAUAAACUGUCUCCUGCUCAGUGGUCAGCUCUGGGCUUCAUCUUACUGUCAUCAGAAGAAGAUCUGGAGGUGUUUGACCUGAAGAAAUACUCUGCUUCAGAGGAGGCUCUUCUGAGGCUGAUGCCGGUGGUCAAAGCCUCCAACAAAGCUCUGCUGAAGGGCUGUAAACUCUCAGAGAGAAGCUGUGGAGCUCUGUCCUCAGUCCUCAGCUCCCAGUGCUCCAGUCUGAAACACCUGGACCUGAGUAACAACAGGCUGCAGGACUCAGGAGUGAAGCUCCUCUCUGCUGGACUGGAGAGUCCACAUUGUAGACUGGAGACUCUGAGUCUGUCACGCUGUGGGAUCACAGAGGAAGGCUGUUCUUCUCUGGGAUCAGCUCUGAAGUCAAACCCCUCCAGUCUCAGAGAUCUGGAUCUGAGUGAAAACCAGCUGCAGGAUUCAGGAGUGGAGCUGCUGACUGGUUUUCUGGAGAGUCCAAGUUGUAGCCUGGAGACUCUGAGUCUGUCACGCUGUGGGAUCACAGAGGAAGGCUGUUCUUCUCUGGGAUCAGCUCUGAAGUCAAACCCCUCCAGUCUCAGAGAACUGAAUCUGAGAGGAAACGAGCUGCAGGAUUCAGGAGUGAAGCUGCUGACUGGUUUUCUGGAGAGUCCACGUUGUAGCCUGGAGACUCUGAGUCUGUCAUGGUGUGGGAUCUCAGAGGAAGGCUGUUCUUCUCUGGGAUCAGCUCUGAAGUCAAACCCCUCCAGUCUCAGAGAACUGGAUCUGAGAGACAACCUGCUGCAGGAUUCAGGAGUGAAGCUGCUGACUGGUUUUCUGGAGAGUCCACGUUAUAGACUGGAGACUCUGAGAUGGAAGUGAUCAGCUGAGUGCUGAUGAUCCAGAGAGCAUCUGGAGACUGGCAGUGCUCCCC